AUGAAUAUGUCGACCCUCAAAGAGUCCAUACCUGAAUCUGUAGAAAAUAAUGACCGUAUGAGAGAGCUCAAGGAAUUUGAGGAGACAAAAUCUGGUGUAAAGGGGCUUGUUGAUUCUGGGAUUGUGAAAAUUCCUAAAAUGUUCAUCAGACCAGAUGAUGAACUUGCUGGGGAAUCCAAUCAUGGCCGAACAAAUAUUCAAAUCAUCAAUGAUUUGAAACAAGCAUCGAAAGAUUGUGGGUUUUUCCAAGUGUUGAAUCAUGGAAUCCCUCCGAGUGUUUUAGACGAUAUGCUUGAGGGAAUACGCAGGUUUCAUGAACAAGAUGCUGAGAUUAAGAAAGAGUUUUACUCUCGUGAUCUGCUCAAAAAGGUGAAAUAUGCUAGCAAUAUUGACUUGUACCGGUCGAGCUCUGCUAAUUGGAGGGAUACAUUAACUAUAUCUCUACUGGUUUCAGAUCGUGUUGAACCUGAUGAAUUGCCAGCAGUUUGCAGAAGUUCAACAAUGGAGUACAUUGAUCAAGUAACAAAGUUAGGAGAACUUUUGUUCAAGUUAUUAGCAGAAGCUCUUGGCCUAAAACGAGAACACCUAGUUGAGAUGGGAUGCGCCAAAGGACGCAUUUUUGUUUGUCACUAUUAUCCAGCGUGCCCAGAGCCGGAGCUGACUCUGGGAACCAGCAAGCACACAGAUCCUUGUUUCUUAACUGUUCUUCUACAAGAUCAAAUUGGUGGCCUUCAAGUCCUGAACAACAAUCAAUGGAUUAAUGUUCAGCCCCUGGCUGGUAGUUUAGUAGUAAACAUUGGAGACCUCUUCCAGAUUAUAUCGAAUGACGAGUUCAAAAGUGCUGAGCAUAGAGUGGUAGCCAACCAGGUAGGACCAAGAAUUUCUACAGCGUGCUUCUUCACUGCGCCCCCAAAGAUGUAUGGUCCAAUCGAAGAGAUGAGAACAGAAGAAAACCCCCCAAUAUAUGACAAGUUUACAGAGGCGGUGGUGGAGAAUGUGAGGUCUUCGUAUUCUGUUCCAGGUGGAAUUGUGAUGAGGGAGUUUCUGUGUGUUGAUUAUCUGAUGGAGGGGUCAUUAAGGUUCUCAGAAUUGUGCUCUUUGUUGGAACCAAAUAGACCUGUAAAAACUGACAAAUUGGCUAUAAUUGGUGAUGCCAUCAGAGUUCUAAAUGAGCUGAAGUCUGAAUCUCAGGAAUGCAAAGAGGUGAACGAAAAGCUUUUGGAAGAGAUCAAAACGUUGAAGGUAGAGAAGAAUGAACUUCGUGAAGAGAAACUUGUGCUUAAGUCGGAUAAAGAAAGGAUUGAGCAGCAGCUGAAAGCUACUACUGUUUCGCCUUCUGGGUUUGUGCCAGCUCAUCCACCAGUAUAUCAGUCUGGAGUGAACAAGAUAGCAAUGUUUCCUGGCUACAGUUUUGUCCCAAUGUGGCAGUAUCAUCCUUCAUCAACCAAUGAUACAUCUCGAGAUCAUGAGAACAUUGGUCGUGCUGCUUGA